CGUGAUGCCGACAGUCGAAGUCGAGACUCGGCGCGCAACGUUCCGCAUUCUGCUUUGGCGGCGGUCCACCUCGCACGGGGCCGAUAUAACGAAGAAGACAGCGGCAACGCACGAACUCCGCUCAUUCCCUUACGGUCGGCCGAGCACCUCUCACCACCCCCCGACCCCCCGCCUCUGCCGUUAUCGCCUCCUUUGAGCUCUACCGCGUACACGCGUACCGCGGAAUCGCGGAGUUUUCCCAAAACUUUCCCCAUACCCUCCGACCCCCCCCGAAAGUUUGAAGUUUGUCCUUCCUCCGAAGCGAACGACGACGACGAAACACGCGUCGAUUAUUGUCUCGUGGACGAUAACGACGUCGUGCCCCAGAAUCGACGUGCAGUUUCGCACGAUAGAACAUCGCCGAAGUUUUGCCGGCAACUCUCCGCCGCGCUCGUCCGUUUUCACCUAAUCGCCGCAGAUCUCGAAGGUCCGCGGACGCGGUACACCUGCGGAGGAACGUUCACACUUCGCAACGGCAUCUCCCUUGAAUUAAUGUAGGACAAACGAUAAGAAACUAGCACCGUCAGAUAAGGAUGGUACCGGUGUCGUACCGCCUCCGUUUUCUAUUACUGCAGCUGGUGGUGCUCGGCAACGGGUGCCUCGGGAUUCAAAAGUUCGAAGAAACGCCGCAUUAUACCGAGGUGAACCCGGGCCAGGAUGCAAAACUGUCGUGUCGUGUACUCGACAAACGGGGACUCUGCAUAUGGCAGAAGGACAAUAAGCCGAUCGGGAUGCAGAUGAAAAAGUACGAAUGGGCAGCUUCGCCGGACGCCGGAGAUUGCUCGCUCUGGGUUCGCGCCGCUGUACUGGAGUUCGACGACGGUAUCUGGCAAUGUCAGGUGACGGCCAGCGAUUUCGCGGCCCAAGACGCCCUAACUUCGGAACCCGCACGUCUCGUCGUACGAGUGAGACCCCAACGGCCGCAAAUCGAGUACGGAAAGUUGGUCAUUCCGCCCGGUAGUAACGUGACGGCACGUGCCGGCGAAGUCGCGCCGUUGAGCUGCGCAUCGAGGUCCGGAAAUCCACCCGCUUCGAUACGAUGGUACCUCGGCGACACGGAAGUCAGACCAUUGAGACCGCAAACGAACGCCACGGAGAAAGAGAACCCAAGAACUUGGGUGGCGAGGAGCGAAGCGGAAAUACUGGCGGAGAGAUCGCGAUACGGUGAAGCCAUACGUUGCGUUGCCGUUCACGCGGCGUACGCGAAUCCCGCUGCCUCGUUGGCCACUGAGGUCCGUUUCGACGUACGUUACGCGCCGGAAACGCGAUUGGUAGGCGCGCCGACCGGCGGUGUCCACCUCGAGGAGGACAGGGACCGUCUCGACGUCAGAUGUCUGGCGGACGCUAAUCCUCCGGCGUCUAUAUUGUGGAAACGGUCGACCGGUCCCGGAGGAGCCACGGAGGUCGUCAGUCACGGGGAGAUCCUCGUAGCGUCACCGGUACGCAGGAGCCACGCCGGUCGCUAUUUUUGCGAGGCGGCAAACUCCGUGGGUGAAAGCAGACCGAUUUCCUUGCAGAUUUCGGUAAAUUAUCCGCCGAAGAUCACCUCCGUUGGCCCCGAACGUCUGACGACCGCCCUGCUGCACUCCGGUGCGUCCUUCGAGUGCCACGCCGACGCCAUGCCACCGCCCGAGUACAGAUGGUUGCAAGUCUUCGCCGACGGUCGCGAACCCCAAGUUCGCGGUCUCGGGCAACGUUUCAUUCUGAACAACGUCACCUACGAUCAGCAGGGCCAGUACGUUUGUCUGGCGACGAACGUGAUCAACGGUAACUCCAGACAAGCGAGGAGCGAGCCGGUCUCCCUCCAGGUCGUCGGUGCGCCCAGGGUGGUGAGGCCCGCGAGGACGGAGAAGUUGGUGGUAUCCGCGACCGAAGGAGGUCCGGCCCGUUUGGAGAUAAGGCUGUGUUCGGAUCCGAGGCCACGUCUCGUCGCCUGGGAAUGGGGCAGCGUACGACUACACGCCGGUGAAGUUCUGGAGUCCCGUUACCGAGCACUGGAUCUGGAACCGGUGGCCUCGGCCGAGGAUUGCUAUUCGGCGAUCUUGGAACUGACCAGUACGGAUAAACGGGACGAGAGACUCUACAACGUGAUCGUGGAAAAUGACAGGGGGAGCGAUCGACGAGCGCUUAUGCUCAGGGUGACCGAACCCGGUCAGAUUCCACUCGUGAUCGGCGCGGUCGCCGGUUUCACCGUCCUCUCCAUAUUGAUAAUGGGAUUCGUGUGUUUCCUGCGUACCGACCAUUGCUGUUUCGCGCGUAACGCCGUGCCGACGCUCCAACAAGUCCACUGCGGAAAGAUACCGCCGGACGGCACCAGGGACGUCGAGGACACCAGACUGGGUGUCGAGACUAUGGAGAGGACUACGCAGCGGUACGCCCACCAGAAACAACUCCAGGCGCACACCUUGAAACCGGUGUCGUCCCUGCACUAUCAGCAGCAGUGCUACGACCACGAACCCCUGCAACCCGUUCAACCGCAAUUACCACCCGCCCAACAUCCGAGACACCAGAGACACCAUCAACAUCAUCGGCAACAUCACGUCAAACAACAACCGCUUCACGCUCCCCAAUGCGAGUUACAAGUGAGGCAAUUGGAUCCUUCGACCAACGACUCCGCUACCAGUCUUUGGUAACCGCCGUGAAGAAUAGAAGGAAAUGAAAAGAAAAAAAAAAACAAAAAAAAAAAUAAAAAAAAAACAACAAAACUCUGCCCCCUUCGUUCUCACAGCUAUGCGAACAACCGCGGAUUAUUUAUCCUCGCCUAUACCGUGUAUAGCGUACGUAUGACACAACUCGGGGGGUGAUGUUGCGCGAGUAUUACACCUGUAAUACCAUCGAACCCUAUUCUUCUCCACCUACGCGACAUCCGCGACAGCGGCAUGGGAAUAUUCGCAAGAAACGAAAUUCUCCAUCCUCUUUCAUCUCGCCGCUACUCCUCUUCGUUUCUCUUGUUUUCUUGUUUCGCGUGGGCGCUCGACGGGCGUAAUACGUAUGCACUAAAGGGAACACCGAGAUAUGUUAGGGAGGGUGUUGAAU